AUGAAUACGACAUCAGAUCAUAUAACUAAUGAUCAUUCGAAUGAUACUGUUUUACAUGAAGAUAAUUUGACUGAACAAGCCAAAAAUCAAUUCGGCUUUCACAGUGAUAUACUCCGUACGUUAGAAUCAUAUCGUCAAAGUAUACUUCGUAAUGAAUAUAUAACAUCUGUUGGUCGAAAUUUAUAUCUAUCCGAACUUCAUACUUUACACACAUCUUGUAAGCGUGUUCUAAAUUAUGCAGUCGAACACAGUGAAGUUUUCAAUCAAAACAUGCCUAGUAUUGGUCCGUUGGUAAUUUGUGGCCUUGCACGUACAGGUACAACAUUACUUUACAAUUUGCUUGCCUGCGAUCCAAAUUGUCGUGCACCAUUGUACACUGAUAUGAUUAUUGAAGUUGUUCCACCGAUUCCACGAUCCGAUUUGAUCGGACAAAAACGACGCAUUGAUCUUUUAAAAUCUUCUUCACAAGUCAAUGAACAAUCAUCCGAUAUACUCCUUCAACUAGUUGCAUCUCAUGCACAUUUUGAUAUUGAAGAAGAUUAUAAUAUUCUACGUCAAGCUGGCUAUUUUAGUCUGUUUACUAUUAUAUCUGAUGGUGAUGAUUGCAAUCCUGAGAAUUGGAUUCGUAACGAAAUGAAUAAAACUUAUGCAUAUGAUUAUCAUGAAAUAUUUCUACGUAUGUUAAAUGCUGUUGAUAUGCCAAAAUCGCAUUGGCUAUUAAAAUCACCGUUGCAUAUUUUUUCUUUUGAUAAAUUGCUUCAAUGUUAUCCGAAUGCAUUAUUAAUCAUGACACAUCGACAUCUUGACGAAGUUCUUCCAUCAACAUGUAGUUUAUCAUUGGCAGCUACUAAACUCACUAUUGACGCAACAAACCCGAUCGGUCGCGAUAGAAUAAUAAAACGAUGUUGUCAAUUUGUCGAUACAGAAAUCGAAUGUAUGAUGAAAUUUCGAACAUCAGAAAACGGUGUACUUGAUCAAUCGAAAAAAAAUAUUUUCGAUAUUACUUAUGACAAUUUGAUGAAAGAUCCAAUUGGUGUUGUCCAUCAAAUAUAUGACUAUUUUAAUCUUCAUUGUUCGAAUGAAAUGGAAAUGGGUAUGCGUGAUUGGCUUCUCAAAAAUCCUCAAGGAAAGCAAGGUCGUCAUACGUACUCACUUGCUGAGUUUGGCCUCAAUCAGGAAGAUAUCGAAACACGUUAUGCUGACUAUAUCAAUUUGUUUCUAUCUUCAGAUAAUCAAUCAUUAUCGACAACUUCUAUUUCAUCAUAA